AUGUCGGAGCUCGGGCAGCUUGGUAUCAAUGGGCCAAUGCUCUUUGAUCUUGCUCGCAAUAGCACCAUGAUCGCUUCUGGCGCUCAAUUUGACGUUUUCCAGGACAGAGCUCGCGUUUACAAGCGCAUCAAGGUUUCUGACUCUUCUGGUCUACUGUCCAAGGCGACCGAAUUGCGAUUCCAUUACAGGACAAUCCAACUCGAGCUUGCGUCUUUGUGCGACCCAGUCCGACGAAAAAGUCCGAAUAUAGUGCAAAUACUCGGCUGGGGAUAUGACUAUUUCAAUGGUGAUACGAGUUCGCUAAUUCCGUUUCUGGAGGUCCAGACAGCACUCUGCUCUCUUGAGUCUUUUCUACCCGGUGAUAAGAUCGAGAGUGCCGGCCAAAAAGUCGCGGACAUUCAUCAUCAUAUAUGUCUGGACGUCGCAAAUGGCCUACAAGCUGUUCAUGCCUCUGGUCUAGCUCAUGGGGACUUGAAGCCUUCGAAUGUACUCAUAUAUUUACAGAAGCACUCCGAGGUCCCUUUUAUAGCGAAACUGAGUGAUUUUGCUGGUGAUCUGAAAUUGAGGUUGAAAAGCCUCGCAUUGAAUGAGUUGGCUUCAAUACCAGAGAAUCGACGAGAAGUUUGCGCGGACCUUCUACAAUGUAACGUUCGAAGUUACCAUGAUUGGUCCUCAUCUCGGCAGUACUUUCAUGGACUUAAAGAUGCUGCGAACGACUCGGAACUGCUUUCCGUGAACGAACCUUAUCAUGGUGAUAUGCAUCAAUCGUUGUUGGAUGUUUUAGAGGGCCAAUUCAAAGAUCCGAUCCUCUCCCUGGAUUUCGAUCAUUCGACUCUAUUUGCCAUGGCAUUCAACGUUUUGUGGAAUAAAGGUGUGGAUUUCAGAGCUCGUGCUGCUCUUUAUUUCUUAGAAGCAGCCCGUCGUUCUCACAUAGCUGCUCAAGCAAUGAUGUACAGACUAUUGAAAGCUGUCCCGGAAUGCGGCCUUGAAGUCUCGGAGGACGAGAUCACGAGAUGGCUCUUCAACGGUGCUAGAACGGGUUCUUUAGUAGCAAUGGAGGAUCUACUUAGUAUCAGCUCAAAUGAAGCAGAGAAGGCCCGUAAAGAAUUCGUCAGAAACGGGGGAUACAAUCAAGAAAUGUCUUUAAGCUACCUGGAGCCAUUUCAGACGCUAGUCGGGUCUAAAGCGUUGAGCAAUGCAUUCAAUAUUCGAGACGAGAGUCUCGACAAGGCUGGCAACCGUCUCAUACACUAUGCCGCGACGUUUGGAGAUACGAGGCUUUUGGCUCUCGCGCUGCGACAAGGCGCCCAAAUCGACGCUGUGAACGAUCGUGGUGAGACUGCUUUGUAUAAAGCUUGCUUGGCCGGCAAUGUAAAUGUCGUUCAUAUACUUGCAGACUUUGGUGCUGAUGCGAAAGUGGUAAUUCCUGGAUAUGGUGUAUCUUGCCUUCAUUGGUUAUUCAAUUUUGAUGAAGACAAGCAAGCUACAAUAGCACAACUACUGGUCACCAUGGGCGCCGACGUUUCCGCUUGUUCACAAGGUAUAGAACGAACAGCUGAAGGGCUCCAUUCAAUACCCUUACCAUGGUUUCAUUUCCCAUUCGUUUGGCCUUUGGGUACACCGCUUCAUUGGGCGACUUUUGCACGCCGCCCUUCAACCUGUGAUAUCCUAUUGAGCCUUGGGUCACAUGUCAAUCAUCUGGAUGUCCCGCAGGACCAAAAAUAUAAUACUGCGUUUACAAGUAUAUCGGUAGCAGCUUUCAAUGGAGACAGUCGCAUGCUAGGCCAUCUUUUGUCCCGUUCAGCAGAUCCCAGCGCCCAGACAGGGCAAACGCAUGACGCCAUUCACCUUCUGGCGAGUAGCGCUUCAUCAUACGGGCACACUCGCAAGUUUCCCCUUGCUCUCAAACACUGGAUCUUACAUGGCUCUUGGGAAGCCCAUCUUUCGGAGUUGACUACGUGUGUGAAGCUUUUGAUGGACAGCGGGGUGGAUCUCAACAGUCCAACGACAGGCUCCAGUUCAAUUCAUUGCCUUACACCUAUUGGAGAAGCUUCCACCUUUGAUACAACCAAUGGCGGUGCUCUGAUAGCGUUGCUAAGAGGAGGCGCCCAGGCAAAAUGCUCCGCAAGCUACGAGCACAGAUCUUUGUUGCUCGUAUGGUGCUCCACCAAAAUGGGAGGGGACAAUAUGGAGCUGUCCUAUAGGCAAGAGUUUGCUGAGGCAACCGAGUCAAUACUAGAACAUACUGCCGACUUCCACCACACCACGACACACGGAGAUGGUAUUUUGCACAGGCUCUGCGCUGCAAGCACAGCCGAGAACUUCGGAUAUUUGGUCUCCCGAAUCCUUUCCCAAGGACCCGAGCUGCUUGAGGCCAGAAAUGACUCUGGGGAGACACCGCUGCUUGUUGCUGCCUCAAACUGCCACACAACUGACUAUAACAGCGAUGUUACGAUCGGACUAGAUAUUCUUCUAGAUCACAAGGCAGAUAUCUUAGCAAAGUCUUCAGAUGCAGUGGGGUUCCUAAGCAUGAUAUGCUUCAACAUCCGCCUGUCAGACUCGGCCUGUCACAAAUUAGCACAGAGAUAUCUUCGAGCCAUUGAUUCUCAUCCUGAGCCAGUGAGCCAUGAGCUCACACUUGCGCUUCAGAAUGCCAGCAGUACUCUGAAACCGAAGGUCGUAAGAUUAUUGGCCCCAUUAGUGACGAAUAUCAACAGUCUGGGCCGCUUUGGUCGGAAUGCCUUUGACCAAGCCCUCCUGUCUGCUCAUCAUCUUAGACUAAUGAAACUCGAUGAGUGGAUCCAGAGGAGAAUUAUAUUGAGAGAUCAACGGAACGGACUAUGUUAUAUCACUCGAUUUGACGCUAGUCCUGGGAUUUUGCAGAGUACAAGUAAAUUCCUUCAAAAUGAGAAAGGAGUGGAACGAUUAUUCGAUGAUGAUUCUCCUACGAGCAUUUCAAGUCAUCUAGUAAGCGAUCAAAUGUAUGGAGUCCAAAGACAACAGGAGACAAUCUUCAGCAUUCGAGAUUGGUUCUUCUGUGCUGCGUUUGUGCUGCUGCGACCCCUCUGCCAAACCACCGAUUCAAUUGAUCGCUUGUUCGAAGAGAAUGAAGAUCGACUGGAUGACGAUAUAUGGGAGCCGUCGCCCGUGGAACAUGUGACAAUCCGCUGGCUACGCGUUGUCGGAUGGAUCGAUAAUGAGAAUAAUGUCCAGGUAGAGCUCGGGAACACCUUAUUCGACCCCGAUUCCAAAUACUUCGAAACCCCAGAGCCCCCACCCAUGAAAAUUGAAACGUUAGGACUGCGUUACACAUUACCAUCCUCGCACCUACAGUGGACAUGCAUCACGCCAGCCCGUAUGGAUAUCAUUACCCAGCCAUGCUUUCCUGAAGACGGCAGGCCAAUGUCAGAGCUACAGCUACGACGUCUAGAGCAUCAUAAAUUGCCCGCCAUGCCCCCAUUUGUACGCCCUGCAGCUCUUGACUUUUUACAACGGUUUAGAUGGCCGCGAGAACUAAGUAUACUGGAUGUACAAACUAUCUCUAGGAAGGGCAAAAUAAAGCAGAUAUAA